UACCCCCAAUCUAUUCUUCCUUCGUGACCUAGAAAAAAAAAACGGCAGCCUCAUCUAUUCUUUUUCCCUUCAGCAGAUUCAAUCACCGCAAGAUCGCCACUUUUUUCCUUCGGUCGCUGUCUUCUUCCUUCAGCCGGAAAUCUGCCCUCCUCCCGUCCAAGCUCCGUCCAUCUUUUUCGGCCAGAAUCGUCCCAUAUUCUCCGGGUAGAAUCUUCAACACAGGAUGUUGGUUUGGACCGAGAGUGAGGAUAAAACCUUUCUUGAUGCAUGUAUCCAUGAACUAACCACUCAUGGUCGUGAGGGUUCUAGGCUUAAGGCAAGUUCAUGGAAGACAAUACGCAAAAAAUUGAUAAACGAGCAUGGUAAAGAGGUUGAUCAGAAGCAAAUGAGAAACCACUUUGACUACUACAAAUCAAAAUAUGUUGCUUGGGUGAAACUGAAAAACAAAACCGGCAAUAUAUAUGAUCCUAUAAAAAGUAAAUUUAAUUUGACCGAUGAACAAUGGAAGGAAGAGAGAAAGUUGAACAAGUUCGUGAUGUCAUUAAAAACGAAACCUCUGAUGUUCCCUGAUCUUUACACCCAACUAUUUGAAGGCUCGACCUCAACCGGCUUUCAAAGUUGGGGGCCAUCUUCUAUACUCCCUCGUCCUGUAGAAGACUUUAGUGCCCAUGAUUUUGAUGAUGAUGUUCCAAUGGAAACCUCAACACAACACGUAGGUGCAAGUGAAGAAUCUUCGGGGCGUUCAAAAAAUAAGGAAGUUGGUGGAAACAAAAGAGUUGGUGGAAAAAAAAAGAGAUGCAAGGGCAUUAGAAGUUGAGGAUGAGAUUGUCAAGCUUGCAAGGUCGUUAGUGGAAAAAAAUGAAAGAAUUGAAAAAAGUGAAAUGGAUAAGGAUGUUGAUGCAUGUAUGGAGAAAUUUAACAAAAUGGAAUGGGGAGAAGAAGAUGAAAGACACAAGACCGCUCUUUUGCUAUUUGGUGAAAGUGCCAAUGUUAGGAAAGUUUGGUUACAACUUUCACAUACUAGUUGUGAGUCAUGGGUAAUGGGUGCGGGUAGGAAGUAUGGUUACCUUUGAUGAUGUUUUCUAGAUUUUUGUUGCAUGACUUUUAGUUACCUUUGGAUGAUGUGUACUUUGGUUACUUUUGAUGAUAUUUGGAUAUUGAAUAUGACUUUUUUUA